GGUGCGUCGAUUCUAACCAUUGUUUUUUAUUUGAGUUUGCUCCAAACCCUGUAUAGCAAAGCGCUACGCCUGUACUCUUUGUAUGUCCAAUCCUGUAUGAACCUUUCAAGGCUUACAGUAUUGAUAAAUAAAAAUUGAAGUAGGAGAGAAAGAAAAGGGUCCGAAAGGGGGUAGAAGAAAAGGCAACUCCCAAUCUCCUCCAGGUGGGUCAAUCUGUAGGCGCCGUCUAUGUGAAGCACAGGCGAAGAGGUGUGCUGCCUCCGCGGUGGGGCCGUAAAGGUCCAAACACCCGGCUUCAGCUCAACCUCCAGAAUUCCCUUUUCUCCGGACACGGUUCAGGCGCGCACCUACACGCGGGAGAGUCCGACUAUCAUGUGAUCGGGUCAGUGGUGUCGCAACACAGGAAACACCUGCUCCCACAGACGUCCCUGCAAGAGUAAAACACUUGCAUUUUCAAAACAACAAGCGGAUGGAGCACGGAUCACCUAAUUAAGGACACGCCCUCCAUUUUGUAUCCACUUUUUUUUGCUAUACGAAUUACUAACUUGACCAAGGCUUCACAACUGUACGUUUCCGAGGAAUGAAUCACCGGAUGCAUUAUUUUACCUCGCUCUAUUCCCAUAAAGCUCCCCACAGUCCUAAAAAGCAAGUACAAAUUGCGUAUUAAAAUAAACAACGAAAAACGGGAAGGCAGGCUCGUGUCCGCAAAAAAAAAAAUUGAAUAGAGAACGUCCGAUAUUGAGCCUCUUCUAAAGGAGGCGAUAAAUAACGGCGCCACUAGAAGCUGUGAUAAGGACAGGUCUUUAUCGUGAAGAAACGUCGAAGAAGCCACGACCGUAAUCGUGGCCUCAUUUGGAUUCCCUCGUUCCGUUCCGCGAGCGUCUCCGAUGGCUUUUCUGAAAUGUGCCGCGUGGAAAUGGUAUUCAAGGGCGAAACAACUUGGUGGUUUCCUGUAGAAGUUAAAAGCAGUGCAUCCGGAACGUGAAAAAGUUAGAGUCAGUUGAAAUUUGUAACUCGACUGCCGCACUGUGCGAGGGCGGAUGCAGGCUGACAGAUGUUUGGUUUCGUUCGUCGCAACCGGAUAGACGUCACUAUAGCACAAAGCCGCCGUACCCCAGACUUCGUAACCCGGGACUGUUCCCCAGGCAGCUUAUCAGCAUUCGUGUCAGUGAUCGCCGUUUUACAGCACCUGCGAAAGUUGCCAGACUCCUAGUUUUGAAAACGUCAAGCUGGCGAAAAAGGCAACAUGAAGGAAAUAAGCUCUCUCAUUGGACCGCCGCGGUGGUACCACUUGAUCGUCUGCUUGUUGACCUUCGUGCGCGCAUUUCCGUCCUCCUGGACAUAUUUCACAGCGUUGUUUGUCGCCGCGGACGUCGAACACUGGUGCUCGAGGCCACGUGACUCGGCCUUCGCCAAUUGGACGGAGCAGCGGUGGAAAGCCGAAGCCAUCCCCGUCAUAAACAAUCCUCUGCUGGGGACCGACCCCAAAUACGAGUCCUGCAGGAUGCACCCUGCAGAAGCUCUAAUUUACAACGCUUCUGCAGUGCUCGUCGACCAGUCGAGAACAGUGUCGUGCGACGCGUGGUCGUACAACGAAUCGACACCAGGGUCGUCGGCAGUGCCAGAGUGGGACCUUGUGUGCCAGCACGAAUGGCAGCGCUCGAUGAUGACAAGCGUCGUUUUUGUUGGAUCCCUCGUAGGGUCACUCGUCAUGGGGCAUAUGUCUGACAGAUUCGGGCGUCGAACCGUAUUAUUUUUCUCCGUGUUCGGAGCUGCCCUCUUCGGGUCUCUGGGCGCGGUGUCCCCGUCGGUGAAAUGGUACAACGCCCUCCGCUUCUUUGCCUGCAUCAACAUCGCCGGCAUCCAGACAAGCUCGGCGGCCUUACUGACCGAGAUCUUGGACCCUCGCUUCCGAACGUUCCUCAACAUCGGCUACACGGCUGGAUUUUCCAUACCGUCCAUGCUGCUGCCCGGUGUGGCCUACCUACUCUCAGACUGGAAACUUCUUCAGCUUGUUUCUGGACUCGUCGCUUUGGCCUGCGUACCAUUUAUGCUCGUGAUCCAGGAGUCACCACGAUGGCUCAUCACGAUUGGCAGGGAGGAGCAAGCCGAACGCGCCAUCUCGAAAAUACUGAAGAUGAACCGCCGGAAGGUUCCGAACCUGAAGUCAACCAUGCAUGUGAUUGCGGAGAGAAUUCAGGCAUCUUCGACCAGUGUCUUUGGGCCUAUAGAGAUUCUGAGGCACAGAUUGAUUAGGAGGAACACCUUUCUUCUGUUCGUCGUUUGGUUCUGCGACAACUUCCUCGUGUUCGCUGUGAUGCUCGGUGCCGUGGAUAUCGAGGGUAGCCACCUGGUAAACUUCACCGUGUCCACAGCGGCCGAGAUACCCGCUGCAUUCGUAGGGCUGGUCAUGGUAUACUACUGUCGUCGUAAGCCGUCUCAGGCGGCCACUCUCAUAUUGGCGGGGAUCGCAGCCGCCGCGGUGGAGUUGACGCCCCCCGGUUGGCCUUACGUAGGCCUGUCGAUGUCCAUGGCGGGUCGUUUCGUACUCAUCCUGUCGACAUCGGUCAAGUGGGUCUGGACUAUGGAGCUGUUCCCCACAGCGGCGCGCGGGUUCGGCUUCGCCGCGUGCUUCACCGUCGGUCGCGUUGGGGGCAUCGUGGCUCCCUUCAUGGGCGUUCUUAAGAAGCAGGCUUCCGUGUAUGUGGCUGCUACUCUGCUAGCGACGGCAGCAGUCAUAGGAGCUGCAGCGGCCGCGUUUCUGCCAGAAACUCGAGGCAUCGAACUUCCGGACACAUUCGACGAGGCCGAAGAGGUCGCCAAAGAGCGCACGAAGGCAGGCGAUUACCAACUGACGACGGCGGACGUAUCCGAAGAACGGAGCCAAUCCAUUGCAACAACGGCUUUGAUGGACGCGUAACACCUGCCUUACCAGUGGAUGAGGGUGGCGAAAUGGACUUGUCGGUCGAUCACCAUGGAAUGGUAUCUGGAUAUCGCAGCAAAACAGGGACAGAAGACGAAAAGAAGGCGAAGACAAGCGCUAACUCCCAACAGCGAAAUUUAUUGGUGUAUAAGUAGGACCGAUCCCGGAAAUAAUUAAAUUUUGUUGUUGAUAGUGC